AUAGCAGUGUAAGACUGGAAACAUCUGGGCUGAAUGGACUUUAGCAUCAAAAGAAGUUCUCAACUGUUAACUCGAAAAAUUAACUACAUCAAAAUGAAGCAAGUACCAGAGAUCCUUGGAAAUACCAAUGGAAAAACUCAGAAUUGUGAAGUGAAUCGUGAGUGUUCUGUCUACUUGGGCAAAGCACAACUUUCUGCCACUCUGCAAGAAGGUGUCAUGCAAAAAUAUAAUGGCCAUGAGGCUCUUCCAUUUAUUCCAGCUGAUAAAUUGAAAGAUCUAACCUCUCGUGUGUUUAAUGGCGAGUCUGGGGCCCAAGAUGCCAAGCUGCGCUUUGAACCCCAGGAAAUAAAGGGAGUUGGAACACCACCCAACACUACUCCUAUCAAGAAUGGCUCUCCAGAGAUUAAGCUGAAAAUCACUAAAACCUACAUGAAUGGAAAGCCUCUUUUUGAAUCUUCCAUUUGUGGAGACAAUGGUGCAGAUGUGUCACAGUCAGAGGAGAAUGAACAAAAGCCAGCAAACAAGGAGAGGAGAAACAGAAAAAGAAGCAUAAAAUAUGACUCCUUACUUGAGCAGGGUCUUGUUGAAGCAGCCUUAGUAUCAAAGACUUCAAGUCCCACUGAAAAGAAGGCUCCUGCUAAGAGAGAUUCAACUCAAAGUACUGUUAAAGAAGACAAAGUACAUCUCUUGAAGUAUAAUAUAGGAGAUCUAGUGUGGUCAAAAGUGUCUGGUUUUCCAUGGUGGCCAUGUAUGGUUUCUGCUGAUCCUGUUCUCCAUUCCUACACUAAACUAAAAGGACAGAAAAAGAGUUUUCGGCAAUAUCAUGUUCAGUUUUUUGGAGAUGCCCCAGAGCGAGCUUGGAUAUUUGAGAAGAGCCUUGUGCCCUUCAAAGAAAAAGACCAGUUUGAACAAUUAUGCCAGGAAAGUGCAAAACAAGCCCUCACUAAAGCAGAGAAAAUAAAGAUGUUAAAGCCUGUUUCGGGGAAGCUGCGGCCACAGUGGGAGAUGGGUGUUAAGCAAGCAAGUGAAGCAGUAGGCAUGACAGUAGAAGAACGGAAGGCCAAGUACACCUUCAUCUAUGUUAGAGACAGACCUCAUCUUAAUCCUCGAGUGGCAAAGGAAGUUGGCAUUGCUGUGGAACCAUUAGAGGAGAUAGAUGAGUCAUCUUACUCAAACGAAGAAACCACUCAAAAUCUGAAAUCAAUGAAGGAGUCUGGCAUUCCAAACAAGAGGAGGAGAAGGACAUCAAAAUUGUCUGCCACUAAUGAUACGCAAGAAAGCAGUCAGUCGGAGAGUAAGAAUACAACUCCUCAAAAGUCAUCUGAACAGGCAGAAUCCAAAAGAGGGAUAGGCUCCCCUCUCAGUAGAAAGAAAACUCCAGCAUCUACUCCACGAAGCAGAAAGGGCGAUGCAGUAUCUCAGUUUUUGGUCUUUUGUCAGAAGCACAGAGAUGAGGUGGUUGCUGAACAUCCAGAUGCUUCAAGUGAGGAGAUUGAAGAAUUGCUUGAAUCACAGUGGAACAUGCUUAGUGAAAAACAGAAAGCUCGCUAUAACACAAAGUUUGCCAUAGUGACCUCUCCCAAAUCUGAAGAAGACUCUGGUAACUUACAUGGAAAUAAAAGAAACCAAAAAAAGAGGACAAAGGAACCUACAGAAGAUUUUGAAGUUCAGGAAGCACCUAGGAAAAGACUCAGGAUGGAUAAACAGAAUAAUCGGAAGAGGGAGACAAGCAAUGACAAAACAGCAAAAACAAACUCUUCUAAGGUCACAGAAACCUCCUCUUCACAAAAGAACCAGUCAGCAACGAAAAAUCUGUCUGAUGCAUGUAAACCUCUGAAGAAGCGAAAUCGGGCUUCAGCAGCAGAAUCUUCAACUCUUGCUUUUAGCAAGAGUUCAUCUCCUUCAGCUUCCUUAACUGAGAAUGAGAUCUCCGAUGGCCAAGGAGAUGAGCGGUCAGAGUCUCCCUAUGAAAGUGCUGAUGAAACUCAGACUGAAGUGUCUAUAUCAUCCAAAAAAUCUGAGCGAGGAGCAGGAACAAAAAAAGAAUAUGUGUGUCAGCUGUGUGAAAAAACAGGUGAUCUCCUGCUGUGUGAAGGACUUUGCUAUCGAGCUUUUCACGUAAGCUGCCUUGGGCUCUCUGGAAGACCAGCAGGAAAAUUCAUUUGUAGUGAAUGUACAUCAGGUGUGCAUACCUGUUUUGCGUGUAAAGAGAGAAAGGCAGAUGUGAAACGCUGUGUCGUAUCUCACUGCGGAAAAUUCUACCAUGAAGCUUGUGUGAAAAAAUUUCAUCUUACUGUGUUUGAGAACAGGGGUUUUCGAUGUCCUCUCCACAGCUGCCAAAGUUGUCAUGUUAGUAACCCCUCACAUCCACGGAUUUCAAAAGGAAAGAUGAUGCGUUGUGUUCGCUGUCCUGUUGCAUACCAUGCUGGAGACGUUUGCAUUGCUGCGGGAUGUGCAGUCAUCGCUUCCAACAGCAUUGUUUGUACGAAUCAUUUCACUGCCAUGAAAGGAAAAAGUCAUCACGCGCAUGUCAAUGUGAGCUGGUGCUUUGUGUGUUCAAAAGGCGGAAGCUUGUUGUGCUGCGAGUCGUGUCCUGCGGCGUUUCACCCAGACUGCUUAAACAUCGAAAUGCCGGAUGGGAGCUGGUACUGCAAUGACUGCAGGGCAGGGAAGAAACUCCAUUUCCAGGAUAUUAUUUGGGUUAAACUGGGAAAUUACAGAUGGUGGCCUGCAGAAGUUUGCCAUCCGAAAAACGUUCCCCCAAAUAUCCAGAAAAUGAAGCAUGAAAUCGGAGAAUUUCCUGUGUUUUUCUUUGGUUCUAAGGAUUACUAUUGGACGCACCAAGCACGGGUGUUCCCUUACAUGGAGGGAGACAGAGGGAGUAGAUACCAGGGGAUCAAAAGAAUUGGAAAAGUCUUCAAAAAUGCUUUGCGAGAAGCUGAAGCUCGAUUUCGAGAAAUAAAGCUACAGCGAGAAGCCAAAGAAACCCAAGAAAGUGAACGUAAACCUCCACCAUACAAGCAUAUUAAGGUGAAUAAACCUUGUGGUAAAGUGCAGAUAUAUACUGCUGACAUUUCUGAGAUUCCCAAGUGCAACUGCAAACCCACAGAUGAAAACCCUUGUGGCUUUGAUUCUGAGUGCCUAAAUCGGAUGCUGAUGUACGAAUGCCAUCCACAAGUUUGUCCAGCAGGAGAAAGGUGCCAAAACCAGUGCUUCACAAAACGUCAAUACCCUGAGACAAAGAUCAUCAAAACCGAUGGGAAAGGGUGGGGUUUGGUCGCUAAGAGGGACAUCAAAAAGGGAGAGUUUGUGAAUGAGUAUGUCGGUGAGCUGAUUGAUGAAGAGGAGUGUAUGGCAAGAAUCAAAUAUGCACAUGAAAAUGACAUUACCCACUUCUAUAUGCUUACUAUUGAUAAGGACCGUAUUAUUGAUGCUGGCCCCAAAGGAAACUAUUCUCGUUUUAUGAAUCACAGCUGCCAACCAAAUUGUGAAACUCUAAAAUGGACAGUAAAUGGAGACACUCGUGUCGGCCUGUUUGCUGUGUGUGAUAUUCCUGCAGGGACAGAGCUGACUUUUAACUACAACCUUGACUGUCUGGGCAAUGAAAAAACAGUCUGCAAAUGUGGUGCCCCAAACUGCAGUGGAUUUCUUGGGGACAGACCAAAGAAUUCUUCCACUUCAGAAGAAAAAGGCAAAAAGACCAAAAAGAGAACACGGAGACGCAGAACGAAAAAUGAAGGGAAAAAAGAAUCUGAAGACGAUUGUUUCCGUUGUGGUGAUGGAGGCCAGCUGGUAUUGUGCGACAGGAAAUCUUGUACUAAAGCUUAUCAUCUCUCCUGUCUUGGUUUGGUGAAACGUCCUUUUGGGAAGUGGGAGUGUCCUUGGCACCACUGUGAUGUUUGUGGCAAACCUUCUGUUUCUUUCUGCCACUUCUGCCCAAAUUCUUUCUGCAAGGAACACCAAGACAGGACAGUACUAAAUUCUACGCGGAAUGGACAGUUAUGCUGCUCUGAACAUGUUCUUGGGGUGGAUUCUGUUGAAACUCGGAAGACUGAGAAACCCCGCAAAAAACUGAACAAGUUGAAGCCUAAGAGAAAGCAGAGGAACAGAUGGAUGAGAGCUGAAUGCAAAUAGUCAUGGACUGCAGUUUCUACUGCCAACACUAUCUUGUAGAUACGUUGUGAAUAUGACCAGGGAAGGACACAAUUUUACAUAUAUUCUGUAAAGGUUACAUGGGGGGG